AUGGACGCGCAGGACAGGAGCCGAUCCCCGUCCCGCCGCACCAGUCGCGUGGAGCAGGUGGUGGGGCGAUGGCUCCGACGCUCCAGGGACCUCGGGAGCCGCUCUCACUCUGCGGGCAGAGACAGGAGUACGUCGGAGGAGAAGGCGUCCCAGUCCAGCGCCUCGGACCAAAGAAGUUACGCCUUCCGCUUUAGCAUCCAGCUGCAGAGAGACCCCGGCUUCUGCUCGCACGGCCUCACGCUCUCCUCGCACUCCCCCAUUGUGGUGCAGGACAUCACCCCUGGUGGUCCCGCAGAUGGCCGCCUCGUCCCUGGAGAUCGCCUGGUGAAGAUCAAUAACGUCUGCGCCGAUGAUCUGACCGCCGCGCAGGCCGCCGAAAUCAUCAGGGAGUGCCACAAUACGUUGACGAUGACGGUGCUGCGGACGAUGCUGGGGCCAAAGUCGUCGUUCAUCACUCCAGAGAGAAAGACCAAACUGAAGUGUAACCCGGUGAAAGUGCACUUCGCUGAAGAGGUGGAGGUCAAUGGACAGUCUCAGGGCAACUCGCUGCUCUUUCUGCCCAACGUCCUCAAGGUUUAUCUGGAGAAUGGACAGACCAAGGCCUUCAAAUUUGAACCAAACACCACCGUGAAGGACAUCGUGCUGACAUUGAAGGAGAAACUGUCUCUGGUCAGAAUAGAACACUUCUCUUUAGUGCUGGAGCAACAGCCUGGUGUCACCAAACUGCUGCACCUCCAUGAAGACGAGCGCAUACAGCAGAUUGUGCAGAGGAAAGAACCGCACGAUUAUCGAUGUUUGUUUCGAGCCUGUUUUGUUCCCAGGGACCCACAGCUUCUGCUGGAAGACGACCCCACUGCCUUUGAGUACCUCUUUCUGCAGGGAGUGAAUGAUGUGCUGCAGGAGCGCUUUGCAGUGGAGAUGAAGUGUAACACGGCUUUACGACUGGCAGCUUUGCACAUUCAGGAACGUCUGGCCAGCAGCGGAUACUCCCCGAAGACCAACCUCAAGACAAUCACUAAAACCUGGGGCAUAGAGAGCUUUGUGUCCACUACAUUAUUGCGAAACAUGAAGGAGAAAGAUUUGAAGAAAGCCAUCAACUAUCACUUGAAGAAGAGCCUGUCGCUACAAGACCCCAAACUGAAGACCUCCUCAGUGGAUCAGGCCCGGUUCAAUUAUCUGGAAGAACUCUGCGACCUCAAGUCAUUUGGGGGGAAAGCCUUUAGCGCUACAUUGAUGCUGCAGGACCGGGAAUCCACUGUUAACCUUUUGGUCGGAGCUCGCUACGGCGUGAGCCAAGUGGUCAACAGAAAACUCAGCAUCAUGACCGCCCUCACCGACUUCGACAGCAUCUCGCGCGUUGAACUGGUGCCCGAGUCCGAUCGCGUCAGCCUGGUCAAAAUAUACGUGCAGGACAUCAAGCCCAUCACGCUGCUGCUGGAGACGGCUGCGGCUAAAGACAUAUCCUGCCUGGUCGCGGGGUAUUGUCGAGUGUUCAUCGACCCCAACAUCAAUGUGUUUCCCUGGACGGAGGACAGCAAGAAGCACAAAAUAUCGGCAGAAGAAGGUUACGUGUCGCGAUGUGGCAGCGACUCUGACAGCUCCACAGACAUUGACCUCAUGAACACGGUGACCUCCCCACGCAGCCGUGCUUCCUUUGACGCCUAUGGGAUCCGGCGAAAGGAGAGAGUGAAGAGAAAGAAGAGAGAGGGAAAGGAGAAGCUGGAAAAAACCCUGGAGGAGCCGAAGGAGGCAGAAGCAGAGAGGGUAGCAUCGGAAACUCCUGGAGAAGCCACAGAGAAGGGGCGGGAGAUGGAUGUAGGGGCGGAGCACCAAUCAGAAGCCUCCGACUCUUACCAAGUUUUGACCAGCUUGUCUUGCGAUUCUCUGGACGCGUUGGAAGAAGACGACUUGUUAACUUGCUCCUCCCAGAUUGUCCUGCCUCAACUGCACCACUACACCCCCGCCCAAAAUGAGCCCAACCUUCUUGCACUACCGCCCGCCCAUUCACACCCGCUGUUGUUCCCGAACGCGAUGGAAGACAGUAGGAAAUCUGGAGAUGGCGCCGAUCCGCAAAUUCUCACACCGCCCAUGUCUCCGUCCUCAACCUACGGCCAUGGGUGUAGCGAGGAUUCUUCGAUGCGUUACGCUGACUUGUCCCGGCUGGUGGAUUUUCUCCCGAGUCCUCCAGAGGCAAGCGAGGAUGAUGAGGAUGUAGAGGAAGACUUGAGAAAGAGGCGGGAGAAGUUAAAGAGGGAAAGCGGCUGUAAGGAUAAGCCAGCUCCCGGGUCAACGUCCUCCCAAACAUCCAACGCGGAAUACGUUUUUAACUUUGACCAAAAUGAUGCGCGGUGUUAUUACAACCUGGUCUCCAACAUCACCCCGGACAGCGCUCGGAGCGUGUCCCAAAAAGGAAGCACGAGGGGUUCUGAGGGAGAUUCAGCCUCGAAUCAGGUUCCAAUCCUUCAGCCUCCCCCCGGAUUUGGAGACAGUAGCUCAGAUGAGGAGUUCUUCGAUGCGAGAGAUCAGCUUGCUUCACCUGAAGAUCCAAACAUAGCAACAGCAAAAAGAGAUGCGUCCAGAAUCAGUGGCGGGGCUGAGGCUGGUUAUGUUCCUAUUGAAGGAUCAGAGAAAAAGGCUGGCUUCAGAGCGGGCGGAGAGAGACUGUCUCAACUACGGAAACGUUCCCGGAAACGGCGCUCAUAUCUAGAGACAGACUUCACCUCCACCGUGUCCUUCCCCGAGCGCAACGAAAGCCCAAAGCAACAUCGUAAAAACCUCUCCGUGGGAUUAUUUGACCCACAGAUGCUGAGUGCAGACCCUGAACCUUCUGAGCAAACCCAAAAUCCAAGUCCAACCGUGUCCUCGCUGACCCAUUCAGAAGGAGAACCGUCGCAACUGGAGUCCAAACCCAUUCUGCCCAAACACUUCAAAGAGUCUUUGAGUAAACAAAGGACUUCGGAUGGGCAAAAAUUCACACGGAAGCAAGAUAUGGAAAUGGAGCCAGAGUCGAUGGAAUCUAAGUCAGUCACGGAUCUUGUCAAGCCGCCUUCGCCAAACAUUACCGUGGUUCGCUGUAGAGUAGAGCCAGACGGAAAGGAGAGCGCUGAUUGGACAUGUGAUAGCAAAGAGGAGACGAACAAACAGACACCCAACCCGAUAGACGUGUGCGGCUGCUCGUCCGUCUACACAAACUGCUUCAACGAUGGCGACACUUUCGACGAAGAGCUGACCGUGUAUGAGUUUUCGUGUCGCAAGCAAAGCAGUGGUCCUCAGUUAAAUUCCAUAGGUCUCCCCCUCAUCACCUCUGCCCCAGUCUCGUUCCUGAGCCCUCCCUCAUUCCCGCGCUCAGUGUUGUCAUCGUCUGCGUCCGAGCUCAGCCCGCUACUCUCGCCGCUGUCCGAUGACUGCUCACACACUCAGUCGCAGAAGGAGACCCUGCCGCGUUUGGGGAAGCAGCAGUAUCCGGGCCCCCCCUCUGGCUUUCAGCUGCUCAAAGUCGACGUGAACAAGCUGCUCACUGUCAUGGAAAGUACCAACAGCACCCAGACAGAGGGUCAGAGAGGGCAGCACCCACGGGACAUCUGCCCAGCGCAUUUCACCGAGAACAAGAGGGUGCUGCAGAUUGAGGCGCGGCGGCUGAUGGCGGGGUGCUACAGGGUUGUAGGGAUCGAGCAGAGUCCAGAGGAAAUGUUCUGCUCUUUAGUGGAGUGUUUUCACAUCCUGGUGGGACUAUCCUCUCUCGUGCUCUGGUUCUCCAGCUGUGAGCGGUGCGAGAGGAGGAACUCAGAGGCCGUCUCCGGGCUGGUGGAUGUGGCGCGAUCUUUUAGAGACUUUUGUGUCGCUGCUGAAAGAGCCAGCAGCAAACGUAGCUGUCAGGACCUCAGCACCAAACUGUUGGCCAAACAGUGUACAGCUCUGAACGCCUCGGUCUUCUGCCUCACACAGUUGUUCCGCACACUCACGGCGCUGUAG